CAACUGUGUGCGCUACGCCCGGUUGUUUGACCUUAACUGCACAGUUUUACUGAAUGUGCAAUAAUGUCGGAGUCAGACAGUUCGAAUAAAGUUACCAGUACAUUUGAACACUUCUAUCAUAUAGCCUCAUCAUACGGAUUUGGAUUGCAUACAUUUUCCAUCCCAACCGUGAUCAAAAUCCGAAAUUUUUCUGAUUCUAAAGACAAACUCGGCUGUCGAAUUUACUUCAUUUCUUAUCCGUCGACUAGUUUUCAACCUGGUACUAAACCUUCAUUGUUUUUCGCUGAUUUAAUCCGGCAGAAUUCUUCCGAUGAUCAAUUAAUAUGGUAUCCAUUGUUGCCUAAUGAAUUUUUAGACUAUAAAAAUUCACUUGCAUUAACCGACUUCUUAAUCCAUGAACGUAUGCGUGUUUCUGUAUCGGGUGUUAGCAAUUAUUGUUUAUCCGAUUGUGGUAAACUUAUUAUUUGUGCAUCAAGUGAAAUUUAUACUACUGAAGACAAUACAUGUUUUGGAAAACAACCUAAUUAUUUGGAACUAAUCAAAGCUCCAUUGUCUAGUGCAAUUCAACCAAUCAUGUGUCCAUUCAAUUCAGAUUUAAUUGUAUGUUUAUCAAAUGAAAAUAUUUUUAUUGGUUAUAUACCAACAAAUACAUGGAUACCAGUAACAAAUCAUACAAAUAAUAGUGGUUAUUCUGCAGGUUUCCCGCCGUUCGUCGUCCAGGAAGAAUUUGACCGAUAUAUUGGUUAUUGGUGGAGACCAACCAUGACAGAUGAUCAUUAUUAUCAGUUGUUAUAUGAAGAAGUGGAUGAACGUAAUGUGGCUGUGACGAGAUUGUUUCAUGGGGAAUUUGGUGGUGGUUGGGAAAAUCAACGUUAUCCAAUUGCAGGCACUGAAAAUGCAAGUAGUAAUUUGAAAAUAUGCCAGUUUAAACUGGAUUCAAUGGGUAAAAUCUCCAAUGUACAAACUCUUGCACUACGUUCACCCUUAAAACAAUAUUUACCGAAUUUUGAAUAUUUAGUUCGUGCUGGUUGGACACCAGAUGGGAAUUAUGUAUGGUGUCAACUGAUCACUCGCCUACAACAACGUCUUUCACUCAUAUUAAUUCCAGUUGAUAAUUUCUUACCUAUUUCUGAUGUUGUUAAUCAUCCCGAUCCAUCAUCGUCAUCACCAUCAUUAUCAUCGUCGUUUUCAUCGGCAACAUCCACAUUAACAGAUUAUUCGUCUUCAUUCAUCACUUCACCAUGUAUAGAAUUAGUAACUGAAGUAGAGUCGAAAUUUUGGGUUAAGGUUCAUGACCUAUUAACUUUUUUGAAAUAUCCAUGGCAUCCAACAAAUGGAAUUAACAAAUCAUCAGAUUUUACAAAUGAAAAUUAUUGUACAUUUAUUUGGGCUUCACAUAGAUCUGGUUUUACACAUUUAUAUCUUAUACAAUGUUCAUGGCCUAAAACUUCAAGUAAUAAUAAUAAUAAUAAUAAUAAUAAUAAUAAUAAUAAUAUUGGAAAUACCUUUACACAUGAACAAACUGCAACCCUUAUUCAAGCUAAACAGGUCUUUGUUGAUCAGUUAACCGAUGGUGAUUGGGAGGUUACUGGUAAUCAGAUUUGGCUGGACGAAGAUAAUAAAAUUGUUUAUUUUGAAGGAUUUAGGGAACAUCCUCUAUUGAGACACAUAUAUUCCGUAAGUUAUGGAAAUCAAAGUGAUCGAGGUCAAGUAAAUUGUUUAACCUUAGACCUUCCAAUCGACAACAAUGAUACUCAUGUAAUGAAAUCCAUUCAAAAUGCACACAAUUCAUCAUCAUCAUCGUUAUCAGUGAAUACUAACAUUGAAAGUGCAUUAGAUCCAUUGUUUCAUGAUUCAUGUUUAUUAAUGGAACCAUAUCCAUUGUCUUAUGAAUUGAAUACAUUCAAUAUUCAAUCUGGUAUUAUGAUCCUAGAGUCAAGCAGUUUAGAUAAACUUGUUGGCAUUCAAAUUUGUCAAGUUAUUAUUGAGAAUAAUGAAAAUAAAAUAAAUAAUUCUACUAGUAUUACUGUAAAUAAACAUCCUAAACCAAUUCUACAACAUAUAGCAUGGCUUCGUAAACAUGUAUGGCAUUAUAAUGCGUUCAAUGGAUUUUAUCCAACUAAUCCUCCGCUAGUUCUUCGAUGUGAUAUAUUUAAUAAUUUAGAUCGAAUGCUCAAAUUACAAAAUAAUAAUAAUGAUGAAUGUAUGAAUGAUCAUAUAAGUAGUAGUAUUAGUGUUACAUACUCAUCAAAUUAUAUUGAGUUUAGCAAUUCACAAUCUAUAUUAUAUGGACAGUUAUUUGUGCCGAAUUGUAAUCAUAGUCGUCUGUUACCUGUAUCAUCGGUCGAUGGUGUUAGUGUUGUUAGUUAUCCAACAUUGCAUUUUGUCUAUGGUGGUCCAGGUAUUCAACUUGUUCGUGGGAGUUAUUCAAGAUCUGUAUUUGCUCAUGCUCAAUUAUUUUGUCAUUUUGGUUAUGCUGUUUUUCUAUGUGAUUGUCGUGGUUCCUCUAAUCGUGGUAUCAAUUUUGAUGGUCAUAUUAAAGAUCGAUUAGGCCAGGUAGAACUUGAUGAUCAUGUGGCCUUUUUAAAGUAUGCUGCAAAAACCACUGGACUUAUUGAUCUUUCACGGGUUGCUAUUAUGGGCUAUUCCUUUGGUGGCUAUAUGUCAUUGAUGGCUGCAAUGCUAUAUCACGAUGUAUAUAAAGCUGCAAUAGCUAUUUCUCCGGUAGUUGAUUGGACGUUAUAUGAUACCGCAUACACAGAACGAUAUAUCGGUCUACCUAAAGAUAAUCCAGAUGCUUAUUGGUAGGUUUACUUUUAUAACAGUUAAUAGAAUCUCGUAUUUAGUUUAAAGGGUUCUAUGAAGAUUAGUUUGAUGUAUAGGUUGCAUUGGAUUUCAUUUAGGAGUGUCGUUGAAUAUCAGGCAGCACGAGAUAGCAAAAUGCGAAGAUAUACAAUCUGUAAACUGUUGUUGUCUAACACUGUUAAUAUGACGUUGCUAGUGAACAUUUUAUCCAGUUUUUUAGUAUUCUUGGAUAUAUGCAUUUUGGUUCAAAUCAUACGUUUACUCGCUUAUGAACUAAUUACAUUAGGGAUUAGACUUAUUCUUGUGUUGUAAUUCUACAACUCAUCGGUAACUACAUUCAUCGCUUCAAGUGUAAAUUUGACAAUCAUCGUUUGUUUGUUUGCUUGUUCGUUUUUCUCCUGUUCUUCUUUUUUUUUUCUCAAUAGUAAAGGUAACGUAAUGAAUUAUGUUUCAAAUAUGCCAUCAAAUAAAUAUCAUUUAUUUAUAUUCCAUGGUGGUCAAGAUGAAAAUGUACAUUUUUUGCAUACAUCAUCAUUAAUUGAAAAAUUAGAUGCAUGCGGUAAACCACAUCAUUUUCAGUUUUAUCCAAAUUCUCGACAUCGUUUAAAGCAUCAAUCUCAUGUUGAAGCAACAGUUUUAAAUUUUCUUGAAGAAACUCUUUGUAAAUCUAGUUAAAUGAAGCAAAAAAAAAGUAUAUGACGAUUCAUUCCACAUCUUCUAUGUAUAAUUUAUUAUCAUAGUCAUGUAUGUAUAUUUCCAACCCAACCCCCCUCCAUACAUACGCACACACACAUAUAUAUACACCUCACCCUCUCCUUACCAUGGUAAUUCAUGGAAUUAUUUAGAAUUUAUUUUUAAUUUCCCAUUGUAUACAUCACUUUAUCCAAAACAAAACAAGGAUUCAUAUUUGUGAAGAUGAUGAUCAGCUGAUGUGCUUCCUUCUUUUUUUUCUUCUUCAAAGACCAAAAUAUAUACUACUUAUUAUGAAGAAAAGAUAUGUAUACUUAUGUUCAAUGAUUUAACUAAUGUAUUCAGUAGUAUUUAGCUUUUGUUUUUCGUCAAUGAUUAAUUUGUCUUUUCAUUCUGUUAUAACAUCAUUGAUCCUUUUCUUAUUUAGUAUUUAUAAACAAUUAAUUACUAUAAAUAAUUUCUCUUGAAUUAUGUAUAUAAAUGGUAAACUUCAUUUUUGUUAUUGCUGUUGAGGAUUUGUGUCUAAUGAAAUCUGGACACAUGAAUUUAUGAUUGUCAGGUUAGUUUUUUUGGUUGUUGAUCAAUUAAAGGAUAAAUAUACUACUUAAUUGUUUUC